CGACGUCAGUACUCCGCACGCGUCACGCCGCGGCUCUCCGCAUCCACCACACCCAUCCAUCCAUCCAUCCCACUUCCCAAGCACUCAACCCCACCACCAACUUUCCACCAACACCACCAUCACCACCAUCACCACCACAAUGGACUCCCCAACGCCUCCAAUCCUCCUCCUCAAAACCAAAUCUACCCCAACCGACGGCUACGACGAAUACUUCACCCAAAACAACUACACCCCGACCUUCAUCCCCGUCCUCGAACACCACUUCCACUCCGCAAACCUCCAAUCCAUCCGCUCCCUCCUCACCUCCGGCGCAUUCACACCCGGCCAGGGACGGAAAUAUGGUGGAUUGAUCUUUACCAGUCAGCGGGCUGUCGAGGCCUUUGCGUCCGUGUUGGAGGGACUUGAUGAACCAACAACCCAAACCACAAAAACCCUUCAAAUUCCAAUCUACACCGUCGGCCCCGCAACCCACCGCACCCUGACAUCCCUACUCCUGCCCUAUUUCCCGAACGCCGAGAUCCACGGGAAAGAUACCGGCAAUGGACAAAACCUAGCACAUUACAUCCUGGAGCAUUAUAACUCGCUUUAUCCUCCCCCCUCAACCUCAACCUCAACCUCAACCUCAACCUCAACCUCAACCUCAACCUCAACCUCAACCUUGACAUCCACAUCUACGGCUCACAGCAACGCCCCAAAACCACCCCUUCUCUUCCUCGUGGGUGAACAACGACGGGAUAUCAUACCCAAAACACUAAUGGAUUCUACGCUCCCUGAUACGGAGCAGAUUGGUGUGGAGGAGGUGGUUGUUUAUGAGACGGGGGUGAUGGGGGGUUUUGAGAAGGGGUUUCGGGAGAAGAGGAGGUUCUUUGUGGCGACGAUUGGGCCGACGACGAGAGAUUACCUGAGGGAUCAGUUUGGGUUCGAGGCGGAUGUUUGUGCUGAGAAGCCGAGUCCCGAGGGAGUGGGGAAGGGGAUUGAAGGGUUUAUGAGGGAGUGGAGGGCCAAGAGGGGCUUAUAGGGUGUAGGAGUGCUAUGGAGGAGUGGGGUUGGGGCUGUAUAU